AUGUCUCUCGAACAGAUCAAACACGACAGGAUCAACCUAGCGCGCCUCGUUCGACGGCUGGAGAAGUCGACAGCCACAGACGAAUGGAGCUCAGGCGCCGAGCUCUCUGUCUGGGCCAACACGCAGGACGCGCUUCAGAGAGUGGCCUUUGCCAAGAAGUUGCUGAGAAAUGUUGAGCUGUAUGAGGACGAUUCGUUAUCCGCGGACGGACGUUUCGAGGAGAUUCAUACGAAGCUAGAUCGAAUUGAAGCGUCUUUGAGAGAGGUCGAGAAGCGCUUCACUCCGAAACGUUCACGGCCAAAGUCGAUAUUGGCGCAGCUCCCGGUGCCAGAAAUGGACGCGGGAUUGGACGAAAGUGCUCCCCUUCUACCUGCCGAUGACCUGCUCCUCCCGCCGUCGGAGACGCCGUCCUUCCCUUCCCCGAUCCCCACACUGCUGCCGACUACCGCCCCUCCACUCGCCUCGAAGUCCACAGCCGUCGCGCCCAAAUUCCUCCACAAUACCCAAGCUUUGCACGAAGAACUAUCGGAGCAGCUCGCGCAGAUGGCGACGCAGCUCAAGCGCAAUGCGGUGCAUUUCUCCGAGUCGCUUGCCAAGGACCAGGCGGUGGUGGAGGAUGCGCAGGAGAAGCUGGAAGGGAACCUGGGGAUGAUGACGAAGGAACGCGUGCGUUUGAGGGACCACCGCGGCAAGAGCGGGUCUACUACGUGUCUAGUGGUUCUCAGUUUGGUUACUGUCUGCGCGCUGUUUGUACUCAUGUUCUUUGUGAUCCGAUUCACAUGA